AGCAAAUGGGGUGUGUGCGGUAUGAUAGCAGGAAGCAGCUGCAAAUUAUCAAUGGCAAUUCAGCUAACGAAAUGCCAUAAAGGCUUCACUUUAUGACUCACAGACAGAAAUACCAGGAAGUAAACCCGAAGAAACCACAUUAAAAAGUAAGAAUACAGGGAGGAAAGUUUGCCAAUAAAAAUGGAGCAAAAGGUGCUAUCGGUGCGCAUGUGCGCACAGGGAGAAUGAGAAAAGUCGCAUGCUCCGCCCCCAACUGGAACAGAAACUUAUCAAGAGCUCAGGCUGCAACAACCACAGUCAAUGGCUAAACCACGAUUGGUUGUAAGAAAUAGAACGUAAUGUAAGGCAAUUGAAUAGCCUGUUAAUAAAUAACCGCUUAUACAAGCAACCACCUCGUUGAGUUUAGAUAGUAAUGCAUUAAUCCACAAUAACAGUGCCAUGCCAGUGAAAAAGAAGGCAUAUAAGCUAAAAGAGAAUCGCUGGAUCUAAAUUCUUUGGUAGAUGGUCUGCAAGCAAAGUUUGACGCCCACUCCAACUGGGAAUUUGAGGAAAGAUGUGGCCUGAGAAGCUUGGUAAACAGCUGGGCCAUCCCACGUGGUCCAUAGGAGGUUGGUUGGUCAGCAGGUUCUUCAUAAAGCGGAACAGAGUGUUGGAGGAGAAUGCAGUGAGGCUCUGCGGCAUUCAGCCUGGAGAUACGGUGCUUGAAGUCGGACAUGGCCCUGGGCUUGGUCUACAGUCAGCUGCUAAACUGCUCUAUGACCCCAAGGGGAGACUUAUAGGAGUAGACCACUCUGAGUAUAUGCACAAUAAAGCAAACAUGCUUUUGAAGAAGCAUAUUGCCAGUGGUAAAGUUAUUCUUCAUUGCUGUGAUGUCGCAGCCUUGCCUCUUUCAGACAACUCUGUGGACAAAGUCUUCCACUGUAAUUGUUACUACUUCUGGCCUGAUCUGAGGAAAGGGACUUCAGAGUUACAUCGAGUGAUGAAACCAGGAGCGUUUAUGGUGACCACUCUAAGGCUGGCUACGGUGUCUUAUUUGGCUUCAAAGCAAGUAAUGCCAUUGCAUAACUGGCAACCUGAAGUGUAUAUGGCAGCUUUGAGGAACUCUGGAUUCAGUGACGUCAAAAUGGAAGACAAGCACUCUGAAAAUAUAACCUUUCAGGUGAUCUAUGCCACUGCUUUAAAAUGACAACAACAAUAAAAGAACUAGCCUCUA